AUGGAGUCAGUUGCCUCCGGUUGCCAUCUUUGCUCCAUUGUUUUCUGGGACGAGAACAGUACUGGUUUGUUUGUUAGCUCGAGACCUCGUGCUCUACAACCGGAACAUGCCUGUGUCUGGGCCAAAUAUCUAUGGGUCGAGGAUCACUGCACCAAGUCGGAUUUUGAGUUGCUCUGUGGCUAUAAAACCUUUGGGACCGAAUCAGACACGACACCUCAAGACCUGCCACGCGGGAGACAGGACUCCAGAUUUACAUUGUCCCUAGCCUGGUUAAGAAUAGUCAGAGGUUAUCAAAGGACCGAAUUCACCUACGAAUCAGAUAGGCUCAUUGCUCUUUCUGGAGUGGCCAAGGCUAUCGAACAUAGCAAAGGAUUCACCUACGUGGCUGGGACAUGGAAGGAACUCUGGCCCCUGGAUCUUUUGUGGUGGUAUCAUGGCUGGGACCCAUCCAAGGAGGAACCGACAGACUUUACGAAAUCGAAGCCCCCUUCGUGGUCCUGGGCUGCUAGAAAAUGGGGCAAGGAUUUUCUUCUGCUUGAGCGUUUCGACUUCGAUAUCCCCCUAAUCACUUACAGGGCACAGUUUAAGUAUUUCACUUGUCCCACAUCCACAGAUCGAUACACUGGUACGAGGGCUGAUAAAGAAGGAAUCAUACUCACCAUAAAAAGCCGGGUCAAGAGAGGGCUGGCGGCCUGGAAAUGGAGGUUUAAGUGUUGGUUGCUUGCGGUGCGAGCGAGCGACACAGAAUGGGUUUAUGUUUACUGGGACCCGGGCCAGGAACCAAGACUAGGCGAAUCAGUGCUCCUUUUGAUACUAAUAUCCAUGGAAUCCGAGAACACAAACAAGAAGGAUCCCUACCAGAUAGGACUAGUCCUGAUGCUGGAGGAGGGCGUAAAGAAAAAGAACGGGCAGCCUUGCUACAGACGCGUGGGCUACUUCAACGAAGGGGGCUUUGGGAACCACGAAACCUGGGGUGAGGAAACGAUUUGUCUCUGUUGAUGGUUCCAUGAGAUAGGCACAGGGAAAGGGAUUGGGGGGCCAAGAUGUUAGUCUAGAGAGUGCGAAAUUGUCGUGCGUGCAUUCUGG